GGCAAAUCACAUGUUAUAAACAAAAAAAAAAAGUUUUUUGGAAUGAGAUGCUCUGGACAGCUAAGCUACAUAUCUUUCAUCUUCAAAAGAGAAGCAGAAACACUGUUAGAAAAGGAAAGGCAAAAGAAAGGAAGAAGGGAGAAUGAGCAAUUCAGAGGGGAAGCACAGUGUCUUCGUCUAUGGCAGUUUCCAGGAGCCCGACGUCGUUGAGGUUCUCUUUGAGAGAUCUCAUGACUCUGUCUCCGCCCUUCUCUCCGGCUUCCACAGGUACAGGAUCAAAGGCCGAUUGCAUCCAUGUAUUACGCCUCUUGACACCGGGAAAGUCUCCGGCAAGGUACUGUUGGGACUAACAGAUGAUGAACUAAAGAACUUAGAUAUGAUUGAGGGUAGUCUCUAUGAGAGGAAGACUGUUGAGGUCGUAUUGACGGGCUCUUCUGAGAAGCUGCAAGUGGAAACAUAUGUCUGGGCUGACAAAGAGGAUCCAAAUCUGUAUGGAGAAUGGGAUUUCGAGGAAUGGAAACAGCUCCACAAGGAGAAAUUCAUGGAGGCAAACAAGAAGUUCAUGGAGUGGAAGAAGAAUCCUCAAGGAAAUAGGAUCGAAGCGUUCGAGCAUUUGGUAAAAGAGGAUGGAGGAGAUGCUCCCACAUCUUAAGGCUUCUGCAUUCUCUCUCUCUCUCUCGAGUAGAUCCUGCUUUCUUAACUCGGAAAUAAAUGACAGAAAACUGUGUUGGUGCAGUAGAUUGAGUUCAGAUCAAUCCAUUGUUUCACCAUGAAAACAUAAGUCUGUUGUGGUGUGUGUCUAUUGAGUUCUACGUAUGGAUUUGGAUAAUGCAUACAUAUAUAUGUAUGUAUGUAUGUAUGUA